GUGCUGAGCGACUCCUUGGAAACCAAGUGCAAAUGCCACGGUGUUUCAGGCUCCUGCUCAGUGAAGACCUGUUGGAAAGGUCUCCCAAGCCUGGGUGAAAUUGCUGCUGACCUCAGAUCCAAGUACCUGGCAGCGAUCAAGGUGACCCACCGGCUCCUGGGGCCCAGGAGGCAGCUCGUACCCAAAGAAACGGACAUGAGGCCGGUGGGAGAGACGGACCUGGUCUAUCUGGUCAACUCUCCAGACUACUGCACCGUGAACCCCCAGCUGGGCUCUCUGGGGACACAGGACAGGCAGUGCAACAAGAGCUCCGCGGGCAGCGACAGCUGCGACCUGAUGUGCUGCGGCCGGGGCUACAACACCUACACGGAGGAGGUGCUGGAGCGGUGCCACUGCAAGUACCGCUGGUGCUGCUACGUGGCGUGCAGGACGUGCCGGCGCGCGGUGCACAGACACGUCUGUAAAUGA